AUGGAAAUCUUCAGUGAUGAAUAUAAAGUGUUGUUCAUCUUUGAUGGUUUGGAUGAGUGUCGUCUUUCUCUGGAUUUUCACAGCAGUGUGAGGUUGUGUGAUGUAAGUGAAUCAACCUCAGUGGACAUGAUGCUGACAAACCUCAUCAAGGGGAAUCUGUUUCCCUCUGCUCUCAUCUGGAUCACCUCCAGACCAGCAGCAGCUGAUCUCAUCCCCUCUGAGUGUGUUGAUCGAGUCACAGAAGUACGAGGCUUCAGUGAUCCACAGAAGGAGGAAUACUUCAGGAAGAGAAUCAUUGAUGAGAGUCUGUCUGAUCAAAUCAUCUCACACCUGAAGUCAUCCAGGAGUCUCUACAUCAUGUGUCACAUCCCAGUGUUCUGCUGGAUUUCAGUCACUGUUCUAGAGAGAAUGUUGAGUGAAGCAGAGAGAAGAGAGAUCCCCAAGACUCUCACUCAAAUGUACACACACUUCCUGAUCAUUCAGACAAACAUCAAACAUCAGAAGGACUAUGAGAAGAAAGUGAAAGAUGAAGAGAUGAUCUUCAAACUGGGGAAACUGGCUUUUGAGCAGCUUGUGAAAGGCAAUCUGAUCUUCUAUGAUGAAGACCUGAGAUAGUGUGA